AUGGCCACCAAAGCGACUGGCGACGAAGUCAAGGACGGCGGCGCAGCCGAUCAUCUACGUCGCAAGACAGACGAUAUCCUCGAAGCAUGCAAAUGGCGGAAUAUCGAGGCCCUUGGAAGCCUUGCCAGCACACGAGGUGGUUUCCUCACUGAUGAUUUGCGCCGUAAAGCAUGGCCCAUACUGCUCGGGCUUGCGGAUAGCGAGGACUUCAAGGAAAUAAUUGCGACUGGUAUAGACGAGACGAACUCGUGGAAAGACCUCCCGCGUCACAGGGACGAGGACCAGGUCCAGCUCGACGUCAAUAGAGCCUUCAUUUACUACCCCAAUCACCAGUCUGACGCCGAACUCGACACGAACAAGAGCGAGUUAUCUGAUCUGAUUACCGAGGUCCUCCGACGAUAUCCGUACCUGUGCUACUUUCAGGGCUAUCACGACAUUUGCCAGGUGUUUCUACUCGUACUGGAGCCGCCAUGGCGUGCCCGUCUAGUGUCCCGCCUCUCUGUCCUUCGCAUUCGCGACUUCAUGCUCACAAACCUUGAGCCAACCGUUGCGCAGCUGCGUCUGAUUCCUGACAUACUGAAUGCUGCGGACCCCAAGCUAAAGCGACACCUCUCCGGCACCGAGCCUUUCUACGCCCUAGCCGGUACGCUUACCAUGUAUGCCCACGAUAUCCAGGCAUAUCGUGAUAUCGCCCGCCUUUUCGACAUCCUCCUCACUCGGGAGCCGGUCUUCAGCGUCUAUAUGUUCGCUCAAAUCGUCCUGAAUCGGCGAGACGAGCUCUUUGACAAUGACGAAGACGACCCUUCCAUGCUGCACCUGAUAUUAUCCAAGGUUCCGCAGAAGAUGGAUCUCGAGGCGCUGAUCGCCAGCACUACUGUGCUGUACGAGCGCAUGGCGGCGGAUAUCAAAAGCGAGCUCACUGAAGACAGCGCGGUCCGUCGAAGUCUGCGCGAAGCAGACAAUGGACGAAGGAUUUAG